AUGAGGGUUUUUGAAUCACAUAAGUGGUUGAUUUGGUUUGACUGUGGUCCAAAAGAGGCGGUGAUGGGGGUAAAUAGAAUCGAACGAUGUAGAAAAGAGAUAAGGGGAAAGAAACAAUGGUGCUUGAUUCUGAAAAUCGGUGUCGCUAGGGCGAGGGGUGACUUUUGGACGCCAGUGGCGGUAAAGAGGGCGGCGGAAGACAGUGGCAGCAGAGAGGAUGGUGAACGCCGGCCCGAUGGGAGUUUCAAGGAAGGAAAGUUUAGGUGUCGGCGAUCAAGAUGGAGAAAGUGCAAGAGAAGAGGGAAGUAA